CAGCGGAACAUGGCGCCUCCCCGGCCUUUGCAGGGCGGAAGUGACGCGCCAGCCGCGCGCCCCGGCAGGCGGUUGCGAGAUGGCGGCGCCCGGGGCCGCCGUUACGGUCACCGUCACCUACAGUAAUGAAAAACACAGUAUUCAGGUUGCUCCUCAACAGGAAGAUUGUGAACCUACGCUACAAGACAUGGCUCUACUUAUUGAACAAGUCACUGGUGUUCCAGUGCCUUUUCAGAAACUUAUAUACAAAGGAAAGUCUCUGAAAGAAUUGGAACAACCAUUGUCAGCACUUGGUGUUAAAAACGGUUGCAAAGUCAUGUUGAUUGGAAAAAGGAAUAGUCCAGAAGAAGAGGCUGAAUUAAAGAAGUUAAAAGAUCUGGAGAAGUCAGUGGAGCAAAUAGCUAAUAAGUUAGAGGAAGUUAAUAAAGAGUUCACAGGUAUCCAGAAGGGAUUUUUGGCAAAGGAUCUUCAAGCAGAAGCUCUAAAACAGCUUGACAAGAGGAUAAAAGGAACUGCAGAGCAGUUCAUGAAGAUCCUGGAACAGAUUGAUGCCAUUCUCUUGCCCCUGUAUGUCUCCAAAAGUCUACUUCACAACAUCUGUUUCUAAAUGGUGACAUUAAUGCCUGUGUAUGCAUCCCCAUUCUACGGAAGAGCUUAAUUUGGGACAGCAGCCUGCUAGGACUAAAGGAAAUUGGGCAUCCUUUACUUAAAUUUUUACCCUUUUAGUUUGUCUUGGCAAACUUUAACGUUAAACUUCAUGGUUACAGUAAAGGUCUGGAAAAAAAAACAAAAAACAACUCCAGCACACUGGUUGCUGUAUUACAUAAGGACAAGUGCUUCACAGUCAUUAAUGGAUCAUAACCUUACAGCAUCUUCCCAGAGUACAAUGUGUGUCUUCCUGCGCCAUGCAGGAACUGAAAGGUAGGGGAGAAUGGGGAAUUUGUGUAGAGAUGCGUGGAAGAUUGUGACAACUGGGGUGUUUUGUUACUCUGUUUUUGUGCUUGCUGGGUCAUUGUCUGCAGCUUCAUUCUAUCAUUCUUUCGCAUAUCACAAUCUUAAUCUUCUGCUCUAAAGAAAAAAUGCUGCUUUUCUGUAGUAAUAAUGCUUUUGCAGUAACACUUUAUAAGUUUGUAUCAGAAAGAUUCCAUGUGAAUGCCUAUAGUUGGUGAACCAAAUGGAUGGACAGACAUUUUGAAAAAACUCAGCAGCGAACCAUAGAGUAAUAAUUAGAAUUGGCUGUCUGCAGAUGUUAUACAACAUGGAUAUUCCUAGGAUUUUUGCAGAAAUCAUCAACUUAUUUCCGUCUUUCAUAUUGUUAAUUUUGAAUUGUUAAAUUAGCCUUUGCUGGUUGUUUUAAUUAACAGUUCUUAAAUAUUUUUUAUUUUAAUUAUAAUAUACUAAGUAUUUUAAAGUCUUAUUUCCUCUUCUGCCUCGUAUCAAGAAAAAUACUUUGCUGUUAAACGUAGACUUCAUAUAACUGGUUCCCUGUUUGAAGUAGCAGAUUUACUGUGUGUUGUCAUUAAAAUAGCAAUAAUCUGACAUCUCUUUCACGUGGAUGGGAUUAACGCAUAUUCCUGAGCCCUUCAAUUUCUGGUACUAUGUCCUGUUUAGAAGAAAGUCAGUACUUGGUUUAUAGUUCUGGAAUGAGGCAGGCAGCCUCAGGAAUCCCUUCUCAUUGCUUCCUUGUUAAUCCAAACUAAAUUUCCCAUGUUAACUUUUGAUUCUCAUACUUUUUCCUUGGCUUAAAUAUAACGCAUGCUAUUAUCUAUCAUCUUAUGCAGAAUACUCUAGAUAAUACCAGACAAGGGAUUUCCAGGUUUAGUACAAGAUUUUAAAAGUCUUACAAACAUCUCUAGGUUUAGGAAUUAGUGGAGUCCCUGUUCCUCAGUUUUGUCUCGUGGAAGUAGAACAGUCAGAGCUAAAACUAAUUAUGACUGAUAGCUUUUCAUAUUUGUAAUAGUUGUUUGUUACUUCCAGUGAAGAGCCUAGAAGACUGUAUGGGAUUGAUAAGCAUCAUGUUUUUAAAGCAAGAAAUAAAAGUGAAGCUUUUCACACCAGUGAAUGAAGCUAUGUUAUACA